CCGCCGGCUAGAGCGCGCCGGGGCUUUCGGUACCCCGGGCGUUCUCCGUAGCUUCCCUCUGCUCUCCCCGCCCCUGGGCCUCCGCACUGACGCUGUCCGGGCGGGAGCCGAGCCGGAGUCGGAGUCGGAGCCGGAGCCGCAGAGACGUGGAAACAUGGACGCCUGAGCCGGUGUGCGCCAACCCGGCUGCGGCGGCGACCGCGGCUUGUUCUGUCCCCUCUGCCACCCGUUCGUCCGUCCGUGAGCUGGAAGCGGAUCUCUCCGCCGGCUGAGACAGGUUGUCUUGUGGAAAUGAAGGUUUAAGGACAAGUUAUCUACCAGAUUAAAAGAUGGGAUCGAAUAGCAGCAGAAUUGGUGAUCUUCCUAAAAAUGAGUACUUAAAAAAGUUAUCAGGCACAGAAUCUGUCUCUGAGAAUGACCCGUUCUGGAAUCAGCUACUGUCAUUUUCUUUCCCUGCACCAACUAGCAGUACCGAGUUGAAGCUCUUGGAGGAGGCAACCAUUUCAGUCUGCAGGUCUUUAGUUGAAAACAAUCCUCGAACAGGAAACCUUGGUGCACUAAUUAAGGUCUUCCUGUCUAGAACCAAAGAACUAAAACUUUCAGCAGAAUGUCAGAACCACAUCUUCAUUUGGCAGACACACAAUGCUUUGUUUAUUAUUUGCUGUUUGCUGAAAGUGUUCAUUUAUGAGAUGUCAGAGGAAGAGUUACAACUUCAUUUUACUUAUGAAGAAAAAUCUCCUGGCAGUUACAGUUCUGACUCAGAAGAUCUUUUGGAAGAAUUGCUGUGCUGUUUGAUGCAGUUAAUCACUGAUAUUCCACUCUUAGAUAUUACAUAUGAAAUAUCAGUAGAAGCUGUGUCAACAAUGGUGGUCUUCCUUUCCUGCCAACUCUUCCACAAGGAAGUUUUGCGACAGAGCAUCAGUCACAAGUAUUUGAUGCGAGGUCGAUGCCUCCCAUAUACCAGCAAACUUGUAAAGACCUUGUUGUAUAACUUCAUCAGGCAAGAAAAGCCGCCUCCUCCAGGAGCACACGUUUUCCCUCAGCAGUCAGAUGCGGGAGGGCUGCUGUAUGGACUGGCAUCAGGAGUAGCAACUGGACUCUGGACUGUUUUCACACUGGGCGGUGUGGGCAGCAAAGCGGCUGCUGCUCCAGAAGUUUCUUCCCCUCUGGCCAACCAGAGUCUCCUGCUUCUGCUGAUUCUGGCCAACCUGACAGAUGCUGCAGAUGCACCAAACCCCUACAGACAGGCCAUCAUGUCCUUUAAGAAUACACAAGAUAGCAGUCCUUUCCCCUCGUCAAUUCCACAUGCUUUCCAGAUUAACUUUAACAGUUUGUAUAUGGCCCUGUGUGAACAGCAGACAUCUGAUCAAGCAACUCUUCUUUUGUAUACAUUGCUCCAUCAGAAUAGUAAUAUUAGAACAUACAUGUUGGCUCGCACAGAUAUGGAAAAUCUUGUUUUACCAAUUCUCGAGAUUCUGUAUCAUGUGGAAGAAAGAAAUUCACACCAUGUCUAUAUGGCCCUUAUAGUAUUGUUGAUCCUUACAGAAGAUGAUGGCUUCAAUAGAUCCAUUCAUGAAGUGAUGUUAAAAAAUAUUACUUGGUAUUCAGAACGAGUUUUAACUGAAAUUUCACUGGGGAGUCUCCUGAUACUGGUUGUAAUAAGAACUAUUCAGUACAACAUGACAAGGACAAGAGACAAGUACCUUCACACAAAUUGUUUGGCAGCUUUAGCAAAUAUGUCGGCACAGUUUCGUUCUCUCCAUCAAUAUGCUGCCCAGAGGAUCAUCAGCUUGUUUUCCUUGCUGUCUAAAAAACACAACAAAGUUCUGGAACAAGCCACACAGUCCUUGAGAGGUUCGCUGAGUUCCAAUGAUGUUCCUCUACCAGAUUAUGCACAAGACCUAAAUGUCAUCGAAGAAGUGAUUCGAAUGAUGUUAGAGAUCAUCAACUCCUGCCUGACAAACUCUCUUCAUCACAAUCCAAAUUUGGUGUAUGCACUUCUUUACAAACGAGAUCUCUUUGAACAAUUUCGAACACAUCCUUCAUUUCAGGAUAUCAUGCAAAAUAUUGAUCUGGUGAUCACCUUCUUUAGCUCGAGGUUGCUACAAGCUGGAGCUGAGCUGUCAGUGGAACGGGUUCUGGAAAUCAUCAAGCAAGGAGUCGUCGCACUGCCCAAGGACAGGCUGAAGAAAUUUCCAGAACUGAAAUUCAAAUAUGUGGAAGAGGAGCAGCCCGAGGAGUUUUUUAUCCCCUAUGUCUGGUCCCUGGUGUACAACUCAGCAGUAGGCCUGUACUGGAACCCUCAGGACAUCCAGCUGUUCACGAUGGAUUCCGACUGAGGACGGGACGCCGUCUCCCACCCUGACCCCCUCCAGCCAAGCAGCCCUUCUAGUCAUUUUCUUUCUGGGGAACAGAGGUAGACAGAUUCCCUGGUGCGUCUUCUGUUAAAGAGGGUCACACAGUCGUGUUUUCCUUGCACACUUGGGUUUGGAGAAUUGGUGCCAGUUGGCAGUAGAUCACUCAGUUUAGAUUAUAGUGCAAAAAGGGAGGGGAGUUACACAACAAUAAUAAAUGUAAAAACCUGCUAUUUCACAUGCAAUUUUAUUUCUAAACCAAAAAUCUAGAGCUUUUCCAGGAACCUGAUGCCUUAGGCGUAUAACACUGUACCAGUACAUACUUCUUUUUCUUUUCUUUCUUUUCUUUUUUUUUCUUUUCCCCCCCUGCAUGUUCAGGAUUUUUGUUUUGGUCGUGUGUGUGUGUGUUUCAACAUUGAGAAAUACCAACCUGAAAAGAUGACAAGACAGGAAUUAAUAAGGAAAUGAAGCCGUGUAUGCAUGCAGUUGCCUUUCAGAAGGCCCAUGAUAUAAGCCUGCGCGGUUGGAUAUAAGCCUUUAGAUCCUGGAAUCUUUCCCUCAAAGAAAGAAGUGGCUCCUUCUCAUGCAGCCCGGAUUAGCUUUUUUGUGGAUUUGGCCUCUGAGCUGUAGCUGAAUUAAGUUGGAGUCUAGACUAAUAGGAGAAAAAGGAGACCGAUUUGAUUAAUACAGUAUUCCACAUGAGAGUAAACACAUGUUUUUCUCUCCACUUCUGACUUUGUUUAAACUCUUUGGGGCCUGUGUGAUCGCAGUUGUCUCCCUGAGCUUCUCUGAGGGAAACAGCCGCUGGGGUCGCCCUGAGCAGAGCAGUGGGCACUGAGGACAGAGGGGACAGGCCUUUCGAGUCACGCUCUAGGUCCAUGGCCACCCCUUCCCGGCCUAAUUUCACUCUCAAAGACACAAGAAGUAUUUGCUUUUCUGCAUAGGAAGCACAUAAUCCCAGAUGAGACCGACCGAGCACCCGUUUCAGCCUGCCGUUGCCUAAUCUGUAUCGGAGGCAGCUUCUCUCCCCGUCCCUGUGUCCCCGGCCUGGAGGCUGGAGUCAUUUUGGUUCAUCACCAUCUUCUGAGGGUCUGGGAGGAGACAGCUUCUGUCACACCGAGCUCUGGGAAAGGCUGAAAGCAUGACGUGUCAGUGCACGUCCAUGUGGUUUCCGCUCAUGAAAAGCCUGGCCGCUCCAUCACCUCAGCAGCCUCUGAGGUCGGCCAGGCGGUUUCACCUUCAUCAGGACAGGGGCUGAGACCGAAGCCCCCUGCGGCUGACUGACUGAGGAAGGGCCGUCACUGGCGGGUGGACCCAGGAGGCGUGUGCGGCCUGCCCGCUGCUUCCUCGGCCUCAGGCCUCUGACGUGUCUGCACGAGUGGCUGGGGACUCUGGUUCUUGCCUAAGGUCGCAAGGACAGGGCCUCAGACCCGCAGACGAGUCAUGUGAAGCGCUUCUGCGUAGUCUGGCUCGUGGGGAGAGGCAGUUGGAAGGUGGAAGGAGGAAUCCUCCAGUCAGAAAGGGGACAUGAUCGGAUUAUCAUUUCAGGUAGCAAUUAUUUUUAUUUCCUAUAUGGGAACGUGAUAUAUAGCUUUAAUUUGUUUCCAAAGCACUUUGAUCUGCUUUCCUUCAUUUAAACCAAAACACAAUUUUUAAAGGGUCACAUGGAGCAGCUGAGCCCCUGGUAGGACCCCAGAACUAAGAGUCACUGGGCUGCAGGACCGUCAGUUCUUGUGACAGGAGGAGAUAUGGUCCCCCAGAACUUGGUCAUCGAGCGCAAACUACCAAGGAAGCCUUGACGAGGGAGUCCUGCAGUCUCUUCCCCAGGCCACCUGGCUCACCAGGUGCCCCCAAAGCCCCGUUCUCUGGCAGUGUCCUCUCCCUCCCUCCCCGCCACUUUUAAUUAAUCACACAGUAGAAGUGCUCGCUGGCCUAAAAGCUCAGCUGGGGCUACAGCCUCGGAGGAAGUGUGUGAGUACACACUCCCAGACACCACUGCAUCACUGCUUCCACUCUGCAAAUCCGCCAGGAGUCUCCUCUUUAUUUUUGUGGAAGAUUUAUUACAUGACAAUAAAUUUAAAUGAUAAACUUGAA